AUAAGUGGAACAAUCCGUCUACCUUCCAGUUCCAGUUUCCAGGUUCCAUGGCAUGGUCAUGAUGGGACUUCCAGCUCUCUUUCGCCCCAAGUUGUCCAUCAAAACGACGUCCUUUUCCUUGCCGUUUUACUUCUUCUCUGACGCAUUCUCUUCAAGAUUCUCGUCUUUCUGCAGACGCCGCCACUUCCCACAACCCAAACAAGUUUCUCUUCCUCCUCCUCCAAUCCCUAAGAAAAUCCCAUUCCAAGUCUCGGCUCACGGAAUUACGUGGCAAGACCCUUACCAUUGGAUGUCCAACACCAACGACCCUGAUCUUUCCGACUACCUCCGCCGAGAAAACUCGUACGCUGAAGCUUUCAUGGCUGACACCCACAAGCUGCAACGCAAACUCUUCUCUGAGAUGACUAGUCGAAUGCCCGCCAAAAUUUCCACUCCUCCUGAGCGUUGGGGGCCCUGGUUGUACUACCAAUUCAUUCCUGAAGGGAAGGAAUACCCAGUUCUUUAUAGAAGAUCAGGAGUUGAGGAAAGUAAUUGGGUAAAGACCAUUCUCCGCUAUGCGAAGCGGGAUGUUGGAAGAGAGGAAAUUUUGCUUGACUGGAAUGAAAUUGCAGAGCAAUAUGGUUAUGUGCAUGUGGGGACUUGUCGAGUGUCGCCGGACCACAAUUAUCUUGCAUACACACUUGAUGUUACUGGUAGUGAACAGUUCAUGCUUCAAGUUAAGGACCUCAGAAGUGGGUGUAUUAUUCCAAAAUUACAAGUUCAUAGAGUUGUUAGUUUAGCAUGGGCUCAGGAUAGUAAUACAUUAUUCUACACUUUAUCAGAUGACAACCAACGACCUUUCAGGGUUCUCUACUCAAAAGUAGAAUCCAAUGAUACAGACGGCAUCCCUUUAUUUACAGAAAGUGAUUCUAGCUUUUGCAUUGACAUGACGAGCACAAAAGACGGCAAGUUCAUAACUGUGAAUUCAAACUCAAGGACUUCAUCAGAGGUUUAUAUAAUAGAAGCUGCCAACCCAUCUGGUGGUUUGCAAAAAAUACGUGAGCGCGUUUCUGGUGUGCAGUACUUUCUGGAGCAUCACCAUGGUGUGUUUUAUAUUCUUACAAAUGUUCCUUUGUGCGGAAAUAAAGAGUGGUCUGGUGAGAAUUAUUACCUGGUUAGAUGCCCUGUUGAAGAUAUACAGUCAGUUAAUUGGCAGAAUAUCAUCCUUCCACGUAAAGACUUUACCAUACAAGACAUGGACAUUUUCGAUGGAUUUCUAGUGCUUUUUCUCAGUAAGAAGGGUAAUCCCACCUUCUGUUCCAUCAAUUUGCCUGUCAAUAUUGAGUGCGAGCACCAAUUGGAGAUUGGGGAACUCAAUCCCUGGUUUUUCCCUUUGCCCUCUAGUUCAUGUGCUGUCACUCCCGGUUCAAACCAUGACUUCAUGACGUCAAUAUUCCAUGUGGUGCUUUCAUCUCCUGUGAUGCCGGAUAUAAUUGUCAAUUAUGACAUGUCAAAAAGAAGAUUCUCAAUUGUACAGCAAGAGGAAGUGACAGGUGUUUCUUGUGAACAAGAUACAGAACCGAUUUUUGGCUCAAACCAUGAUAAGGAAGAAAAUGUCCAGUAUAACGAAUCGCAGAGGUGGAAGGACUUUUCUAAUUCAUACUGUUGUGAAACAAAGGAAGUUAUUUCCCAAGAUGGUACCAGAGUUCCUUUGACUAUUUUGUACUCUCGAACUGCCUGGCAGAAGGGUCAGUCCCCUGGUCUUUUGCAAGGUUAUGGAGCAUAUGGAGAAGUUUUAGAUAAAAGCUGGUGUACACAUCGAUUGAGCCUACUUGAUCGGGGUUGGGUGGUGGCAUUUGCUGACGUCAGAGGUGGUGGUGGGGAUAGUUCAUGGCAUAAAUCUGGGAGCGGGUUGUAUAAACAAAACUCGAUAGAUGAUUUCGUCUCAUGUGCAAACUACCUCAUUAGUGAGAACUUUGUACAUAGACAUCUGCUCAGUACGAUUGGAUAUAGUGCAGGGUCUCUUCUUUUGGGAGCAGCUAUCAACAUGUGCCCAGAUCUGUUUCGUGCUGCGAUUUUGAAGGUUCCAUUUCUUGAUAUAUGCAACACUUUGUUGGAUGAUAAUUUGCCUCUCACCGUGCUGGAUUAUGAAGAAUUUGGAAAUCCUCAGAUAGAAUCGCAGUUCGAGUGUAUCCACAGCUACUCGCCUUAUGAUAACAUCUCUAAAGGAAGUUGUUACCCUCCAAUGCUUGUCACAACGUCUCUUAAUGACUCAAGGGUUGGUGUUUGGGAAGCUGCAAAGUGGGUGGCCAGAGUCCGGGAGAGUACAUGUCAUGCUUGUUCUGGUUCAGUUAUUCUGAAGACAAAUAUGAGCGGAGGGCAUUUUGGUGAAGGCGGUCGCUACGCGCAGUGUGGGGAAACUGCUUAUGAGUAUGCUUUUCUGUUAAAAGCAAUGGGGAUGUCAAAUGAUGAUAAAUAAGCCAUUCUAGUUUUGACAGUCGAUUCUUCAAUAAAGUUGGUUUUGAUUCUUUGCUUUAUUACGCAGAUAAGACUGCAAAUUUCGUUUUGUGAUCUCUGGUGUGAAAAGGAUAAAUAAUUCUCUGGAGCGAUCAAUAUCUGUUUAAGAGUAGCGCCAGAGACACUAACUCUA